UCGACUGGUCAUUCCCAUUCCCAACUUGACCGACCGACGAUGGCAUCGGCACGAGCGUGGAUCGUCACCGCGGUUCUCCUGGCCUGUCUCCUCGCCGGGCCCACCGAUGCCUGGUUCAGGAGGCGCCGCCGCCGCACCGCCCCUCCCCCUGCCUGCCCGUCUCCCACCACGGCACUGGCCGGCGCACAGACUACCUGGGACGGCCCCUUCACCGUCCAGUGCCCGCUCACUAGAGCCAUCUCCCGCGUACAGAGCGCCCACUGUAACGUCGCCCAGGACCGCGUCUGGCGGUUCGAGUGCAGGUUUGCUCCUGGGCUCCUCUUCAUCCAGACCUACUGGAGUCCUUGGGUGAACGACUUUGACGGGAACAUGGGCUACACCUGUCCCUUCAACAGCGUCGUCACGGGAUUCAUGAGCGUCCACUCCAACUCGCACCAGGACCGCCGCUGGAGGCUGAAGUGCUCCCGUAAACCGGGUAUGACGGUCCACAGCUGCGUCGUGACCGGGUACGUCAACAACUGGGACGCCGCCAUGAACUACAUCGUGCCGCCCAGUUACUACAUCAAGGGCAUCCACGGAGUGCAUCACAACACUUACCAAGAUCGGCGUUACCGCUUCACCCUGUGUAAGGUCACUCCCUAAACAGCACCACUUCACAUCCAGUGCAGCCACAGAGAGCGUGAUCAAAGUAACAAGACAUAACGUUAUAUGAAAUUUAAACUAACUUCCAACAGAAAAUAUUAGACUUUCAAAAUUUGAGCCGAGGGUGCUAGCAUCAGCGGUAUUAUGAUUAUUCAUAACUUUCAAUUUUCUCUCGAGGUUUAGAUUUAAAAAGGAUCGGGACCGAAUCAUGAAGCCGGUCCAUUCUGUGUUUAGAUUGUAAAUUGUUGCUUUUUGUUUUCUCAUAUUUGGUUGAUCCGUUGGUCAGGAAAGAUAAACGUAGCGAGAAUUAUACUGCAUGUAACCGUUAAACCUUGCAUGCCAUACGUACAUGAGGUAAUAAUAGAACGAAACUAGUUAUCCGGUAGACUACCUUCCUUUGCUAAUGUUAGCGGAAAAAAGCCUGUAUUUCCUUAUCCUUAAGGCCUUACGUGCAAUACUGUUUUAGCAGAAAUUCGCGUUUGCUUAGCAAUUUUAAUUUGCUAAACAUGUUUUAUCUUUACAAAAUGUGAUAUACAUGUAAUGGUUUACUAUAGUUUGCCUGGUGUUUGAUUGCUGUGGCAUGGAACGCAACGUGAACAAAUAAACCAUCGGUGUGAGAUGAAUUGCCGUCUGGUAGCUGUUUU